CCAUAUUUUGGGCCCCAAUCUGAGAUGACCAGUGAUGCUAAAGUCAUAUCUGAAGUAACUACCAAGUUUCUGACUUCAUACACAGCAGAUAAUAAACAGUUGCAGUCCCCUGGACUGUCUCGACAGAAUGGUUUUCGUGAAAGCAGUGCCCAAACAGCAACACUAGAGUUAAACAGAAAACUCGAUAAACUAGGCGAAGAAGUCAAAGCACUGGUUGCAGAUGGCUAUAAUCCUGAGGAGUUGGACAGACACAUUUCUCUUCUUCAUGAGUACAAUGACAUCAAGGAUGUGGGACAGUUGCUACUUGGUAAGCUAGGCCUAUACCAAGAAGCACACUACAGCUGGUUUCACCUGGUCUGUCGCACUGUCUCUACGGUGCUUGUGUUCCUGUAAUUAGAGGAGUCUCCACCAAAGACUUGUAUGCUGAAUUCAGGCUGGAACUGAAUGAUUAGUGAAGUAGAUGAAGAUGAUGUGGACCCACCAGCAGCUCCAUGACGCAGUUAAUAUUACCUACCAGGCUGUACCUAAUGGAAGCUUGCCCGUUGUUUCCUAAAGUGAUGGUUUCAGCGGGGAGCCCAGCAUGAUUUGUAGUUAAGCCCUUGCUUUUCCUCAGUUAUGUCGAUUUUGUUUUUUACAUAAAUUAUAGUAUUUGGCUUUUUGCUGUUUCAGCUAGUAUAUUAAUAGUAACCAUUAAAUGUAAUCCUCGUGUUAAGUUGCAUACUGACUAUUAAAUGUAAUCCUUGUUUUAAGUUGCAUUCUUAGUUUGCUACAUACUUAAAGAAAUAAGGGUACUUAUGUAUUAUCGCAACCACAUUUGCGCGAUAAUACUGGUUGCUUCCCAGUGCUCAAAUGUAACUGUUAAUGGAGUGGAAAUGUGAAGCAGUUUAUUUUCUUUCACACUGAAGGUUAUUUAAUUCCUAAACCCUAGUUAGCACUCAAAAAAAUGAAAACGGUAAUGUGGCUGUUGAAAAGUUUGCACUUCACUGCUACUAUAUCAUGUUGCUUUGUAUAAGUCGCAAUCUGCAUAAUGCACAUUCCGUUUUCUCCUGGCAACAAAUGCUGUCAGACAUUGAAUGUCUCCCUGCUGAAAGUGUGGUUUAUAAAGCAGAUGUGAGGCCAGCAGGGCAAAAACAGAAUAAAGGACAUAAACCUGUGUAGUUUCUGCAAAAAGCUGAAGAGAGAAUUCAAAGGUAUGUUGCUCACUUCUCUGUUACUCGCAAUGUAGAACUAGUUAACGUUACUGAAGCAAAAGGUGUACCUGCAGUGAUUAGUAGACAGUGUUGGACCACUUCUGAACAUUAAACGCAAUGUUUCUUUGUCUUACUACCUCUUUCUAACUUUCUCGGCGAUAUACAAUUCCAUUGCUUUUCAGAACAUUUGUCGGCAUGACUGCGGCUUGGAAAACAGCCGUUUGUCUUGUUGCUAAUGUGGUUGCGAUAAUACGUAAGUACCGAAAUAAGCACAAAGCAAAAAUGUGUGUUUGUCUGUGAUGUGCACGUGCAUGUGUUAAUGGUUAGCACCUCUAGUAACCAUACUAAAUGCAGAUGACUGCACCAGAGAUGAACAUUUUCUUUAUUUACCACUGUUUAAUAAGCUGAGUGUUGGACUGUGGUCAAGAGCAAAGAAAUUGAGAAAGAUUAUGUUGCAAGGAUUCCAUGUUCUUGAAACUUGUGUGUGAUCACCAAAAUAAUAGCUUGUUGUUGGUAUUCUAAUAAAACUGUUUGCUACUUUU